GGAGGACGUGAGGGCUAGCGGACUGGCCGGGCGGGAUGAGCGGGCCGGGGGCGGCCGGCUCGGUGCGCGGGCUGCGGAUGGACGGGCUGCCCCCGCUGCCCAAGAGCCUGAGCGGGCUGCUGCACUCGGCGUCGGGCGGCGGCGCGUCGGGGGGCUGGAGGCACCUGGAGCGGCUGUACGCGCAGAAGUCGCGCAUCCAGGACGAGCUGAGCCGCGGGGGCUCUGGCGGCGGCGGGACGCGGGCCGCGGCGCUGCCCGCCAAGCCUCCCAAUCUGGACGCCGCGCUGGCCCUGCUGCGCAAGGAGAUGGUUGGCCUCCGACAGCUGGACAUGUCCUUGCUCUGCCAGCUGUACAGCCUCUACGAGUCCAUCCAGGAAUACAAGGGUGCGUGCCAGGCAGCGUCCAGCCCAGACUGCACUUACGCUCUGGAGAACGGCUUCUUCGAUGAGGAGGAGGAGUAUUUCCAGGAGCAGAGCUCCCUGCGCGACAGGAGGGAGCGAAGACCCCCGAGGGACCCCUCACUGCCCGCCUCCCCGCUCCACAGCGCCGACUGGAUCCUGGAGUCCAUCUAACGGA